AUCCGGAGCGGAGCUGCAGCGUCACAGAGAGACGCCCAGAGCCGCAGCUUAAGAGCAGCGGAGCCUCAGCGGUUCGCCACAUUUCUCUCCUGAUCCCGAGCAGAGAAGCAGAAUCAUGGCCAGAACCAAGCAGACCGCCCGUAAAUCCACCGGAGGCAAAGCCCCCAGGAAGCAGCUGGCCACCAAGGCAGCCAGGAAGAGCGCUCCGGCUACCGGCGGCGUGAAGAAGCCUCACCGCUACAGGCCCGGUACCGUGGCUCUGAGGGAGAUCCGUCGCUACCAGAAGUCGACGGAGCUGCUGAUCCGCAAGCUGCCCUUCCAGCGUCUGGUCCGAGAGAUCGCUCAGGACUUCAAGACCGACCUGCGCUUCCAGAGCUCCGCCGUCAUGGCUCUGCAGGAGGCCAGCGAGGCCUACCUGGUGGGUCUGUUCGAGGACACCAACCUGUGCGCCAUCCACGCCAAGAGGGUCACCAUCAUGCCCAAAGACAUCCAGCUGGCCCGCCGCAUCCGCGGAGAGAGAGCUUAGAGGCUGCAGCUCCAACAAACACACAACGGCUCUUUUAAGAGCCACACACACCCAGUUUAACAGCUCUUCCUGUUGCUUCUUAAACUUUCCUGCUUUAUACAGACAAAUCUGGACAAUUUUUUUUUCUGUUCAUACAGAUCUACAAGUUUACUUUUGUCCUAAAUGAAAUAAGCCGUUUUAUCUUAUAUCACCACCAUUGUCCAUAAAAACUGAA